CCGUUACGACGGUCCAGCCAAUGGGAGUGAGUAAAUUUGCGAAAAACGGUUCCUGGAUUGUUUUUUUUUGCACUAUUCUCCCGCAGCGGCAGCGUCACUUUGUCGAAAUUUAACCAAUUUAACCCUUUUUCCGCUGUUCUCACCGACGCCGCUGCCGCUACCGCCGUCAUCAGAUCUGAUUUGAUCAACAUACAAUUGUGUGAGGUUCAUACAGAUACAUUAGUUAGAGAAGUUAAUUAGACAAUUAGCACAAGACACCGGUUGCCGGUUAUGUAAAAAGUGCCCGGAACCAAAAGGCUGUAUCAAAUGAACUACGUGUGUUAAAACAACUAUUGCAAUUCAAUUAGAACACUUCCAUAGGAGUUACCGGAAUAUUUUUGAGGUAUGGAAGUAAACAAAUCUGGAUUAAAUGAAAAAUCAGAAGAUCAACAAAGACAAAGUGAUGACGAUAAAACUAAGGACCACAAAAAACUCCUUGAUUAUGGUAUUCAUGAAAUGGUUGCAGACAGACUUGAUGAGAUAUACAAAAGUGGAAAAUUAGUGCAUUCAGAUUUGGAUACUAGAGCUUUGGAUGCUCUUAAAGAAUUCCCUGUAGAUGCUGCCCUUGGAGUUCUUUCUCAAUUUCUUGAUAGCAAUUUAAUACAUGUUUCAAAUAAAUCAGCUUAUUUAUGUGGUGUUAUGAAAACAUAUAGACAAAAAACAAGAACUACUCAAGAACCUUUCAUACACCCUCUUAAAAGCCCUGAAUUUGAUAAAGUUAAGGAAAUUUUAAAUAGAACCAAUUACAAAUUUGAUGUGACUACGGGACAAAGAAAGUAUGGUCCACCUCCAGAUUGGACUGAGCCUAAACCAUCUGCAGGAUGUGAAAUUUUUUGUGGAAAACUACCUAACACUGUGUUUGAAGACGAAUUAAUUCCAUUGUUUGAAAAAUGUGGUAAGAUUUAUGAUUUACGACUUAUGAUGGAUCCUCUUUAUGGUACAAAUCGAGGUUAUGCAUUUGUUACCUAUACAUCAAAAGAAGAAGCUGAAAAAGCCACAACUGAUCUUGAUGGAUAUGAAAUAAAGCCUGGUAAAUAUAUAAAGGUAAAUAUUAGUGUGCCUAAUUUACGUCUUUUUAUUGGAAAUAUCCCCAAGUCAAAAAGUCAAGAAGAUAUUUUGGAAGAGUUUGGUAAAAUAACAAGUGGACUUGUUGAAGUUAUAAUAUAUAGUUCUCCUGAUGAUCGUAGAAAAAAUAGAGGAUUUUGUUUUCUUGAAUAUGACUCGCACAAGUCUGCUUCCGUAGCUAAAAGACGUUUAAGUGCUCCAAAUUAUAAAGUUUGGGGUUGUGAUAUCAUAGUAGAUUGGGCUGAUCCACAAGAAGAGCCUGAUGAUGAAACAAUGUCGAAAGUCAAAGUUUUGUAUGUUAGAAACUUAACUCAAGAAAUUACUGAAAAUCGUUUAAAAGAAACUUUUGAAGCUUUUGGCUCUGUAGAGAGAGUGAAGAAAAUCAAAGAUUAUGCUUUUGUUCAUUUUAAUGAUAGAAGUAGUGCUCUUAAAGCCUUAGAAGAAUUAAAUGGUAAGAAUUUAGAUGGCACAAUUUUGGAAGUUUCUUUAGCUAAACCUCCUUCUGAUAAAAAAAAAAAGGAAGAAAUGUUGAGAGCUAGAGAACGACGUAUGUUUACCAAUAUGCAAGGCCGUACAUUUGGUUUAAUUCCACAGCCUUUGUCACUAAUGGGAAGUGUUCCCAGACCAGAAUAUCGAGGAGCAUCAAAUAAUAUUCGAAUGCCAGGUCGAAGUGAUUUUGAGUGGGCAUCUUGGGGAUUUAAUUCAUGGAUGUGGCCAUCAGCACGCUGGGAUACUGGAGCUCCUGCAGGACAUUGGGGUUCUGCAACAACUGGAGCUAGACAAUGGCUUGGAGCUACUCAAAAUAGUCGUUCCCGGGGAAAUAGUAGUGGCGGCCGAGUUGGUGCAAUUGGGAAUAGUGGUAGUAUUAACCACAUGAAAUUUAAAAGAUAAACACGACGAAAAGAGUUUCAUUUAAGUCUCCAGAAAAAAGGGGGUCAACAUAUUUAGACCUACAACUGCCUAUAGAUAUAGGAUGUCAGUUCAAGUAACUAGAUGAUGUGAGAAUUAUAAUGCUUGUAUAUUUAUAUAUUUGUGUCUCAUUUUAAAUAAUGGUACCAUCUUUUUUUUUGUGAUUGUCAUUAUUAUAUCAAUUUCUCCCUCAUGUUACCUAAUUUCAUUGUUGUUUAGAUGUAUUUAUUAUUAUUAUUAUUAUCAUUAUUAUUAUUAUUAUUAUUACUUCCAACUUGUCUUUCGGUUCAUAUAUCUUUAUCAGAAAGCUACAAGAGCUGUGUUAAAAAUUUGUUUUUUUUUUUAUUUGAAAAUUCAAUUUAUUGUGACAUGAAAUUUUUGUUAUUUUUGCUAAUUUUUUAUCUUGUUAAUAUGACUAAAUUUUGAUUCUUUUUUAUUUACCAAAAUUCUUCCCCCUAUUUCUGGAGGCGUAUUAUAUUGUUGUUUAGGGGGACCAAAAUUUUUUUAAUAAAAGUUUUUACUAAGCAUUCAAUGUCUUUUCGUUUGAAUCAGUCAAAAACAACUUGACGUGCGUAUUAUUUUUUUAUACUAGUAAAUUAAGAGAUUACACUUCAAUUUCUAUUAUAUUACUGCUCAUAAAUAUUAUUUAAUUAUUAUUAUUAUUAUUAUUAUUAUUAUUACUACUACAACUACAUAAUAUAAUUAUAUUGCUUAAAUUUAUGUAACAUAAAUUGUGAGUUCAUAUAAAAUGAUAGUUUUAAUUAAUCACAUCAUCUUUGUAUCUAUAUUAAUCUUGUAUAAUUUAAAUUAAUUAUGUAAUAUUUUAAUUUUUUUGUGUUGAAGCCAAUUAUUUCAUAGAAGUUUUGUCAUGAAAUGUUGUUUUUUCAUUAUGUUUAGUGUUCAUUUAACAAUAAAUAAAGUGUAAUAUUAA